GCAUGAUCGCCAACAUGUGGAUCCGAAAGUCGCGGGGAAAAUCUAUUGUGAAGUGUCCCGUAUUGUCAGUUCAAUCGUGUUACUGUCGUCCGAGGCGCGAUACAGUAAUUUACAGUACAGUAUUGUAAUUUAGUAACAGUACAGUAUAAAUCUGAAUAUCAUUUUGACCGAUCAAAACUUUGCAAAUAGCCGCGUUAGCAAAUACCGGCGAUUGCCUCGCUUCGAGGAUGUAGCAUCUGCUCUACGGUGUGGGUUUUGUCUUUCGAAGUGAAGUGCUCAAUUUGCGUUAGGUUUUUGCGAACUGCUGUGCUAAAUUAUGUGUUGCAUACAUUUACUUCUAUGGAAGCCGGGAACCGAAUUGUGUCAGAGUUGUCUAUUUCAAUCUUGAUCCCCGUUUCUGUGUCGCGUUUGUUCUCGGUUUUGCAAACAUUUUAAGCGCUAAUUCCGUUGACAGGUAGUGUCUUUAAGCAUGCCGAGAAGUACUAGAAAGCGAGGCUUGAAUGAUGCGUUCUCCUCUGCGGCGGAGCCUCCAGCUCCGAAGGUCACCUGUAUCCAAGCUGCUUUUCAACGAGUUGCAAGAAGCGGUGAUUUCAGUCAGAGAAGGUGCACAGCGUGGUUUCAUGAGUAUACAUGUGGAGCAGGGACUUCUCUCGGUCCCGACGGAAUGGAAAAGUUUUGCCAAGAUCUUGGAGUUGAGCCCGAAAAUAUUGUCAUGCUUGUCCUGGCUUGGCAAAUGAACGCUUCGCAAAUGGGUUACUUUUCUGAGCCUGAAUGGAUCUUCGGAUUAUCACGACUUGGGUGUGAUUCAAUUACCAAACUUCGUGGAAGGUUGGGGUUUCUACGUGAUAUCUUGUCCGAUCCCGAAAACUUCAAGUCGAUUUACCGCUACGCUUUUGAUUUCGCUCGUAACAAGAAUCAAAAGAAUCUUGACCUUGACACUGCCAAGGGAAUGAUGGCAUUACUACUGGCAAAGAUAUGGCCUCUGCAUGAGCAGUUUCAACAGUUCCUGGACUUCCAGAAACAUUAUAAAGUCAUCAACAGGGAUCAGUGGUGCAACAUCUUGGAAUUCUCCCGAUCCAUAAAACCAGACCUCUCGAAUUACGACGAAGACGGAGCAUGGCCAGUUUUAUUGGAUGAAUUCGUAGCGUGGUUGAAGACUCAAGGCUGCUAACGUGGAUCGACGUGAAUAUGAUCCUCCUGUGAAAAUCAACAACGCAGUUCGUUUCCUCUUUGUUUUUGGAAGCAGAAACAUUUUCGUCAUUGCAUCCAUGUCCUCGCAUUCCACGAGCUUGGAGUUCUUUGAGCCCUAAUCCAUUUUUGGUGUUCGGCUCCAUGGAUCUGUGAAUGCUUGUGGAAGAAGCGUGCAAGAUGCAAGGAAUGUGGAUCCAAAUGAUGAAUGGCUGUGAACGAAUUCUUGGGUUUUCUCCGGCUUCGCGUAUCCCUCAUUGAUGCUCCAGUAUAUUGCUUUACUUUCGUGUAGACGUUCUUCCGCUUUGGGUGAUGAAUCGCUGGUUACGCUUGAAGCCCUUCUUUAGAAGAGCUCUAAAGGAAUGUGUCGGAGGAUGUCGGGCUCUCAUUAUGUAUUCCAGUUUUGUAACGUGUAGAAUCGAAUUUCUGAGAAAUUUUGAAUUUCGUUCAUCGCUAUCCGUUGAAAAUGUGUCACAACGGUCAUUCCCACCCGGGGUUUUAGCGACCGCGUAAGUGUAACUCGGAAGAUUCGACCGCUGCGAUGGAUUUUCUUAAUUCCGUGAUAAACCCUUGAAUUAAGGACAGAUGAUGCUAAUAUUGAAUGCCCUCGCGUCGCAUUAAGCCCGCUCGUUGUGUGAUGAUAACGCCCGAGCCAUUGUACCAUGUCUCGGCAGUUUUGAGUUUCGUAUGUUUUUUCGUUUUAUCUUGCUUGGAUAUUUGGCUUACUCCGGGGAUCUUCUUGUUACGCGAGCAAUGUAAGAUGCGUAUUGAAAGAAGCUUCGGAGCGACAAAA